AUGGCCUUGGGUCCCAGGCUGCUGCUGCUGCCCCUACUGCUGAGCAUGGUGCUGACCAGCACUGGGGCAGCUCCUGCCCCCAAGUCCCACAGGGGCCCCCCUGAUGCCAGGGGCUGCCAUCUGGACCAGUUCAAGUCCCUGUCCCCGCAAGAGCUGCAGUCCUUCAAGAGGGCCAAGGAUGCCCUGGAAGACUGGCUCUUGCUGAAGGACUGGAGCUGCAGCUCGCGCCUCUUCCCCAGGACCCAGGACCUGAGGCAGCUGCAGGUGUGGGAGCGCCCCGUGGCCUUGGAGGCUGAGCUGGCAGUGAGCCUGAAGGUGCUGGGGGCCCUGGCAGAGUCGCCCAUGGGGCGCGUCCUGGAGCAGCCCCUGCGCACGCUGCGCCACGCCCACUCUCAGCUGCAGGCCUGUGUGCCUGCUCAACCCACCGUGGGACCCAGGCCCCGGGGCCGCCUCCAACACUGGCUGCACAGGCUUCAGGAGGUCCCCAAGAAGUCCCAGGACUGCCUGGAAGCCUCUGUCACCUUCAACCUCUUUCGCCUCCUCACCUGGGACCUGAGCUGUGUCGCCAGUGGAGACCUGUGUGUCUGA